ACAUGCAGUUGUUGUCAAUUAUUUGAAUUUUUAUGUUUCAAUUCUCAAAUAUGAUAAGAUCAAGCCGAGCCAACCCUAGCCGAGCCGUUCUCUCACCGUCAACUUCAACCGUCAUGCAACCCAAAGCCAUUGCCAAUGAUGCUAAACGGCUCCCCCCUCUCCCGGCCCGGUGACUUCAACGGCUCGACCGUACCGUAUUACUCACUCUCCCCCCGACACAUUCGGCUCACGCGUCCGGCACUUCGUCGCCGACGCAACCUCUUUAACCUCUAACCCUUAACCCUUUACCCCUUAACCCUACCAACUCCCUCUCUCUUCCACCCCCGAUCCCGUUCCCGAUCACGAUCCCGACUACCCAAAUCUCAAAUCACCGAUCACGUGCCGUAUUUUUAUCUCCGUCGCCUCCGCCGCCGCCGCUCCCUAUGGGCGACUUGAACGAUUCCUUGACACCGUCAUCGGGCCACUCCCGGCCCAUGCCCGUUCGUGAAGACUGCUGGAGCGAGGAGGCUACCUCCACUCUCGUCGACGUUUGGGGCCGCCGUUUUGUCGAGCUCAACCGGGGGAAUCUUCGCCAGAAAGAUUGGCAAGAUGUGGCUGAAGCCGUCAAUGCCCUCCAUGGCCACUCCAAGAAGACUCACCGUACUGACGUCCAGUGCAAAAACCGAAUCGAUACCAUUAAGAAGAAGUACAAGAUCGAGAAGGCUAGAGUAUCCGCUUCCAACGGAUCUGUAACCUCGUCUUGGCCCUUCUACGAUCGCCUCGAUGGUCUGAUUGGAUCCAAUUUUUCUCAGAAGAAGCCAUCCACCUCGAUGUCUCAAUCUCCGCCGAUGGCUCGUCCUCUCUCCUACCGGAAAGCGCCGUCUUCGGGGACUGCAAAUGCGGUUUCUGUUGCCAUUCCGCAGAAGCGCCCAUUGGCGGCAGUGGAUGAUGGGUUUUUUCGCAGGAAUUAUUCAGCCAUGGCUGCCGCGGCUGCUGCUACAGAAGCAGAGGAGGACGAGGAAGAGGAGGAGGCGGAAGCGGAGGCGGAGGAGAGGGGAAGUGAGGAUGAGGAGGGAGAAGGAGAGGGCAUGAGAAGGUUGGCCAAAGCAAUAGAGAGGUUUGGGAAGAUGUACGAAAGAGUGGAAGCAGAGAAGUUGAGGCAGAUGGUGGAAUUGGAGAAGCAGAGGAUGCAAUUUGCAAAGGACUUGGAGGUUCAGCGUAUGCAGAUGUUUACGGAAACUCAAGUUCAGCUCGAGAGGAUCAAGCGCGGGAAGAAAUCGGGUUCCAAUGUUUGAAGUUCGUUUUGAAGGGAUCUGCUGUUUGAAGCUCUUCUUGUUUCCUACGUCAAGUAUUCGUGAGAAGUAACAGAGUCAACUUCUGGAGUUUUACCAACGUUGUUUCUAAUUGCAUUAGGAUUUAACCCUUUGAAGAGACAUACCCUUUAAUGAUGAUGUCUAAUAGGAAUGGUCUUCUUUGAAGAGGUUAUUCAUUUUUGUUAUUUACUUUUGCUUUUGGUUUCCCCUGAUUCGCUUUGUCAAACAUGUGCUAGUGGUGGACUGUUGUUGAUUUGGGAAAUCUAUGAACUCAAGGAGAGUCUAAACUGUUUUUCUCUAUGUGUCGAUUCACCUCUGAUCCUUCACAGAGCACUCCCCUCCGUUCCUCUCUUUAUUAUUCCAACUAUAAACAAGUAUUUGAGGAGUCUAAAUAACCAAUUAUUACCCCAAUGAGAAAUUGCUACCAAUUUUGUUUGUACUAGGAACUCGAAAAUGGAGAUCAUUGAACUGCUGUCUUUCCAGUUUCCAAUUUCCUUCUAUAGUGUUUCUCUACUGAUGAAGAUUGUAGGAAACAUUUGGUAUCAUAAGUAGCAACUUAUAUGCAUUACUAGUGUGUAUCAUUAACUGAUCAUUCUUAUUUUGAUUCAUUUGUUAGAUCAUGAGGUUUGAUGCUGUAAUCAUUCUAAUAUUGGAAGCUUUUAAUAGCACGUUUAGAGAUGAGGGAAAACAUUCUUUGUUAUAUACAAGAGACGAACAGAUUCAGGGAAAGUCUGUACGGUUAAUUUCGGAUCUUUAUAAAAUCUUGGUUACGAGAAAUAGCUUAUGGGAUAUAGAUUCACAUGGAGGGCAGGUAUAUGGUUUUGAUCCCCCACCCAAACCAAAGCCAUUAAUCACCAAGGACUUUCAGUGUUCCAUUAGUCUCCUUUAAGCUUAUGCCCCCUCUCCCUUUUGAUGUUGUCUUUGCCUCCUUUUGCUGCUUGCAUAUUGUUCUUUGCUUGAAUAUAGAAUUGGCAUGCUUGAUGAAUAGUUGGCCUUUUUGGAAUGCAUUACUUUUGGAGACUUUUCUUUUUUUUUUUUUUUUUUUUUUUUUUUUUUCUUUUUGUCAACUUAUGUUUGGUCUAAUAACUAUGAAUUCUGCCAAAUAUGCUCCAAGUUUUAUUCCUGUCUAAAGUUGUAAGAUAAAAGGAUAUCAAAGUUCUCUCUCUGUGCUGUCUGUCCUGGAAGAAUUCGUAAAACUAUCCAAUCAGAUUGUUUAGAAUAUAAACCACUCGGGGAUCAACAAUGUAACAGCCAAAGCCCACCGCUAGCAGAUAUUGUUCUUUUUGGGCUUACUCUUUUAAGCUUCUCUUCAAAGUUUUUAAAACGCGUCUGCUAGAGAUAGGUUUACCCACUCUUAUAAAGCCCAAAGAGGAUAAUAUCUGAUAGCGGUGGGCUUGGGCUGUUAUAGACAGACUUGAACAAGUUUUUCAAAACUUGUCCGGUAGGAUGCCUCAAACUCAGCUGUUUGAUAAACUGUAGUAGUGCAUUGUAUUGGGAGAUGGUCAUGAGAAGCAGCAAGGUGAAGUAAGAAUGGUUUAAAAUGUCUCAGAUUGCUAGUUCCUUUUGCAUGUUUAUUGUUAACAUUUGUGGUGUGUAUGGAAUUCUUACUUUGGCAUAAGAUGUUAUUUGUUUCUCAUUUGCGUACAUGUUGGUUGCAAUU